AUGGCCGGCCUCCCACGCUCCUCGCCGUGUGGCGGGUUAUGGGGAGACUGCAACGUCACCACUGAUGAGAUACUGAGACGCAUCAACUCGCAGAAAACCAUUCAACCCAUCGACACUAGACCAUCGUACAGCAAUUUUGGGUUCGCCCUGCUUGGCCGUCUCCUUGAGGAGCUUGUUGGCGAAAGCUUUGAAUCGUACGUCGAGAAGAACAUUCUCCAAUCGUUGAACAUGACCAACACCGGAUUCACGUUUACACCCGAGGUAAAAAGCAAGAUGGCUGUGGGCUACUUCGAUGGAACAGACCAACCUGCGCCUCUUUAUGAUCUGGGAUGGGAAGCUCCCGCAGGCCAGAUGUAUUCCACGGUGGAGGAUCUGUGCCACUUGAUGUCCCUCAUCUUCAGGGACCUUACCUCCAUGGGCAUGCCUUGGGAGAAUCUACUCUUGACCUAUCCAGGAAACCCAAACUACUGGCAAAAGGGAAAGAGCGGAGCGGUGUUUGGCUAUACUGCUGAAAUAAUGAUGAUCCCCGAACUCAAGCUUGGCGUAGCGGUGUUGAUGAAUGGCGGGCUUGGUGGACCGGCACUUACUGCAGCGCUACAGGCGAACGCUGUGCUGGUUCCUCCACUAACUCAGCUUCUGAGCCAAGUUCAAGUCCCUCCUGCCCUCCCGCCCCAUCCCCAGAACAUUGUUGGAUCGUACAAGGCGUACAACACUGACCCGCUUCCCCCAAUCUUCCAAGGAAUCACUGCGGACGUGAGGUUGAUUCAGGAUGAGACCAACAGGACAAGGGUGCUCAUCACCAUCUACAUUGGGCAUGGCACCACCCCAUUCUUCUCAGCCCUCCUGGACUACUAUGAGGCCUUCAACAAGGACCCCAACCAGCUGAUCCUUCAAGUGGCCAUCUCCUCCACCCAUCCUGAUCUGUGUGAGGAGGUCCUUGGUGGAGGCAACCAACUAGUCUACUUCACCAUGAACCCCACAACUGGUGUGGCUACCACCUUUGAGCUAAAGGGGCUCUACUAUGGCUUCAUCUUUCAUCAUGCCUUGUGA